AUUCAGGUUUUAGUGAUCGGCAUUCGUUCGCUAGCCGGUGCAGUGUGUGGAUUAAAAUUUUAACAAAUUUAUUGCGCUGUUAUUAACACAUUUCUGUCAUUUAACAAUUCAUACAAAAGUGUCAAAACAAAUGUUAAACAACAGUGUAAAACUUAUAAAUUUAAUUAAUAUUUUAACAGACUUAAUAUAUUUUAAUAACUACAUUUUAACAUUUUUUUAUUGUGUUGUUUAAAUAGUGUAUAUGUAUAGUUGAAAAAUUUAAGUUUUAUUGCAAAAAAAUAUUAAAGAAGAACGUUUCGACAGAGCGAACUUGAAGAUUCGUCGAGUGAAACGCGAAAACGGUAUAUAUCUAGUUUAAUUGUUACCUGAAUGUAAAAGGUAACGUGGAAAGUAGCUGCACGUUUCGUUUCACAAUUUUGUGUUUUUUAUUUCCGCUUGCAAGGUGUUCGACCACCCAGGCUUAAAACAUCCCUCGCAUAUUAUUCACGUUUUAAAAAAUAAUAAACAAAUAUAAAAACACUAUAAUCAACACAUUACCAAAGAUUACAUUGUUGAUUUAAAAAAAAACAAACAAACAAUAAAGUUUAUUUUUUAUUUAGUGAAGUGAAAAUUUUUUUAACAUAAACAUGACAUUGAUAUCUUUCAAUAUGAUAGACAAAAUUAUUUUGUUUAUGAUUUUUUACGGUGUUGUUUGCAGUCCAACUAAUGUUGUAGAUUCAUCGGUCUCAGAAGAUGAAGCUGCUGAUGACAAAAACAGUACAAAAUUGACGAGUCGUUGCUAUUUUCCGGCUGAAUUUCAGGGUGAAUUUUUAAUGCAAGUGAUGGAUGAUUACUCUAGAAGAUCAAACCAUGCCGGCGAGCCAAUUCAAUAUUCACAAGUCAAUAUAACAUAUGACGCCAUACCUGUCUGGGGUUAUUGCUACAAACGUGUAGGCAGUAACGUUUUACUUAUCGACAGAUAUGGAGAUCAAAAUUCUGCAUGCAUAAGAUGUUUUCAAUUAAAAAGACGAGCAAGAAAUAUUAUUGAAGUAUUUUCUGAGGGUUUAAAUAAAUGUUAUACCAAUGAAGAUCUUGCAUUGGAAUCUUGCAGUAAACUUAACUCAACUUCAAUACUAUAUCGAACACAAGAAAUUGGUGGCCAAGAAUUGAGAUAUGAAUUUUGUCCAUUUGCUGGCAACUAUCAUUUCAAGUACAACAUCAAUGAUGGAUCUGAGGAAAAAACAGAAUGUAGUUCAUUUACAUCGGAUCUUGAUAAUUGUCCUGAUGGAUCAAUGUUUCAUUUACAAUUCAAAAGAUGUUCAUUUGAAAAUCAUGAUAUAACAUUUAGCUGUUUGGGAAGCUGGCCAGGAGGUCCAAAUGGAUCAAGAUAUAUUGCACUACGUGAUAAUCAAAAAGAAGCCGGUAAUCAACCACAAUAUCGAUGUGGGCUGUAUCAUACAGACAACAAAAGAGGAAAAACAUAUUUAGCAUUUGGCAGUGAUUCAAGUUGUACAAAUAAUUUAAUAAAUUCAACAUUUGGAUAUGAAACAUUGGUACUGACUAGAUCAAUAAAUCGUAAAAAAAUACCUGAAUAUGUCUCGAGUCAUUUGUCAUCUUUUCCAAAAUGGGCACAAGGUGAAUGGGAACAAACAAUAAUUAGCAAUGGUACCAUGACAUAUAAUGACCUAAAUGGAUAUCAUAGUUUUACAUUUGUUGCUGUUGAUUCAUAUGACGGUGGAAUGACAUAUGGUGUUUACUCAAAAGAUCAUUGUGAACAAGAGGCAUAUGUAUGUUUGAUGAUGCGUCAACGAAGUGAAAAUGUUUUAGAAUUUAAAAUUGGAACAAUUUCAAGUCCAGUAUACAGUCGACAUUUGUGUGAAGAACCAAACUUGGAUCAAUCACACUGGAUGACACAAGCACUGAAUAUGCAUUCGCAUCAUACAGGACUAGAACGCGUUGUGGAAUCUCCUUGUCCUAUCACAGGUCGUUAUAGUGGAAGGAUACCUGAUCUACCAGGCACUUGUGCUGCAUUGAGUAGCAACUGCAUCACUAAAGAAAUUAUGUAUUACAGGGUCACUGACUGUGACACCGGUGAAUUAUUGGAAGAACGUACGUAUUUGUGUCUUGGACAGUGGGAAGAAAAUGGUGUUAUGUAUACUUAUACAAUGAGAAAUGAUACAAACACAAAUGAGUGUUUUGUUGGUCUUAUUAUAAAUGAUGAAGAAAUUUAUAUAAAAGAAGCUGGAGAACAUUGUCUACGUAAUAUUAAUCCAAGGACAGAAGGAAUGAGACUAUCAAAAAUAGGACAUUGUUAUGCUGAUUCAUCAAGUUCUGAUCCUUCACCACUCAGACCACUUGUUCCACACAAUCCAGUCAUGAGAUUAUCAUCAACACCACGAUCCGAUAUAUCAAUGGAUACUACAAAAACACCAUCAAGAGGUGCUCCAUCAACUGCCAGUAAAAUGAAAAUUCACAGGUUCCACACUAUACUUAUCACGACGCUCAUUUGCAUUGGAAUUAUCAAGACAAUUCAUGAAUAACAAAUACCAAAAAGAAGAAUGAUAUUCAUGAUUUUAAUUUAGUUAAAAGAAAAAAAAAAAAAAACGAUAAUAAAUUUUAUAAGCCAGGACGACAUCUUAGCGAGAA